UUUCAUUCAAAAGAGCACUUCUUGCAGGCCAGCUACAAAGGAAGUGCAGAAUCCAGUGUUUCGACAUGUAAACAAAACUGAAAUGGAAAAGUUGAAACAAUUUGACGACUUUCUAGAUGAUGAGAGAGAAGGUUUCAGUUCAAAUAGCAGAGAAUGGGUGAAAUUGGAUGAGAGCAUUAAAAAUGUAAAUGGGGAGUAAUAGUGUAAUUUAUUUUGUUAGUAUUUGGCCUUAUUGUAUGGCAUCUUUCCGUCUGUGGGAGACGAUAGACGAUAGAUUAUCUUUAUUGCUUGUAGCUCUGGGUGUGGCUGGUGAGACCAAUCCUCGAAUUGCAGUCUCUGUUACAUUUCCCACACAUGAAUGCGGUGGAGCAGUAUUUACCGGCCUUCCUCCUCGCUCUUUUUGCAGCUGUUUCCGCCCUGUUUUGCUCCUCGGCAUGUAGUGAUCCUGCCUUCACGAUGCCCCACCAUGAGGAUUGAUCCUCUGCCAGCUCCUCCCAGUUUGAGAUGUCCAUGUUGGCUGACUUCAUGUAUCUUUUGCAUAUGUCUAAGUAUCUCAGACGAGGCCGUCCAACUGACUUUUUCCCUGUCGCCAGCUCGCUGUAUAGCACGUCCUUUGGUAUGCGACCAGGUUGCAUUCGCUUGACGUGUCCAAGCUAGCGGAGGUGUCUUUGGAUUAACAUGGCUGGGACGCUAUACAUUUUUGUUUGGGACAGGACAUCCGUGUUGGGGACUUUGUCUUGCCAUUUAAUGUCAAGGAUGUGGCGCAGGCAUCUGAGGUGGUAGCCAUUGAGCCUUCUUUCGUGGUUAGAGUAUGUGGUCCACGACUCGCAUCCAUACAAAAGUGUGCUCAGUACGCAGGCCUGGUACACCUGUAGUUUAGUUCUUGUUGUGAGUUUGGCGUUUGACCAGACUCUUUUCUUCAGUCUGGCCAUAACAGUUGCGGCCUUCCCUAUCCUUCCACUUAUCUCAUUCUCCAUUGAGAGGAUGCUCGAUAUGUUGGAUCCCAGAUAUGUGAAUCUGUCAACAGUAUCCAAGUCGUAGUCGUCGAUGGCGAUAGUGGGGAGGGAGUCAACGCCCUGUGCCUUAAUGUUAGUUUUCUUUAGGCUAAUUGUCAGGCCAAACUCUUUGCAGGCAGCGGAAAGGCUAGAUACGAGGCUCUGCAGGCCGUCAGCUGUGUGAGAUACCAAAGCGGCAUCGUCCGCAAACAAGAACUCCCUCAGCAAGACCUUUCUUGUUUUAGUCUUAGCUCUAAGGCGGGCAAUGUUGAAUAAUUUGCCAUCAGCUCUACUGUGGAUGUAUAUCCCCUUGCUGUUGUUCUUAAAGGCCUACUGGAGUAGGAUGGAGAAAAAGAUUGCAAAUUUGGCCUUAUUAUUAUUAGGCUUAUUCUUGUCUUGUUCACCGAGUCAGGAGUUCCAACAAAAAACAAGGCCACUCCAGGAAUUUAAAUUAUUUAUUAUAAUAACAGUGUUAUUAACGCCAUCUCAGUUUGGAACUCCUGCUGGAAAUCACUAGAGUAGAUUUUCAGUACAACUAUAGGUGUUGGGCCUGACAUAUGUCAUAUAGUUAUAGGCCUAAUUGAUUCAAAUAAUGCAGGGUCUGAAAUGCCACUUAGCUAGGUUUUUUUAAUAUUUAAUUUAAUUUAUUAUUUCUUUUAAAAAAGACUCCUCUUUCCACAAGUUAAAAAUUUAUGUCAUGUUGCAUAACUUUACACAGGUCAAGACAAGCGUGUAAAAUAGUAUUAAGUAGAAAAGUGUUUUUAACCAAUUAAUUAAAACAUGAUUUUACUUAUCUGCUAGUUGACACUCAGUACUUUCAUAUUUCUCACUUGAAACUUCCCUUGACUAGUUUGACUUUCUAAGAAAUUCCUUACACUUUUUUUGGCAUAUUCAUAUGGACCUCAAAUGUAAACUGGACGUACAGCCUCAGUACAGCUACUCUGUAUUAAACAAUUGGUGAAAACAUUUUAAAAUUAAAAUUCCUUUUAAUCUAACUUACCCUCUCUUGACCUUUAAACAGCUCUGCUCACCACAGAUUAUUGAUUACAGAACCUAAUUGUUAUACUGGUGCAUGUUCCAGGGAGAUAAUGAAUGUAUAUAACUAUAACACUAAGAUGGUUUUGUUUUUUUCCAUGUGUUAUUUUUUAACAAUGAGCAAAAAGGUCUUUUCUGCAUACUAUGUAAAAGUUAUAUCAGCUACCACAAAAGUUAAAAUUUGUUUAUAAUAUUAUAAAUUUGUUGGUUUUUUUCAUGUUUUAUACCUUAUUUUAUUAGGCCUACCAGUUCACAAUGUAUAUAAAAUAUUUUUUUCUCAGCUUAGGUUUUUGUUACUUUUUUAUUAUUAAUAAAAAUAAAUGCGCCUACUACUUAGGCAAAUUGUUUUGUUUAAUUGAAGUAUUGUUACUACUCAAUUAGUUUCAAUUAAAGUUAGAAUACAGUUGUAUUUUAAUUGAUUUACAGCUAUGCAUUUAUGGUCCGCUAUUUCUGUCAGCAGGCAAUGCAAAUCUUCAGGGAUGUUACAUUGUUAUCAAUAGAUUUUAAUUUAAGAUGUACACUUCUGCCUUACUUAAAGCUGUUUACGCCUUGCUCAACUGAAUUUGCAAGGAAUCAGUUACAUUUUGAACCGUUAUACAUAUAUAUAAUUAUCCCAUAUUGCCAACAAUCUUGUUAAGUUUUUUAUUUUAUUAUUAUUGCAAGGCAAACAAGAAACAACAGCUAAUAGCUGAGAUAUGUGAACAACUGUGAACAAUAAGAAAUAACAUUUCUUAUAAUAAAUUAAUGCUAUACAAUAUUUUCCUUGUCUGUUUCACAGGAAGGGUUUCGAAUUGGUAAAGAAAAGAAUCAAGAGGAGUUUUUACAAAAAGGGUUUAACGCUGGUUUCAAAGAUGGUAUAACUCUGUCAAUAGCUGGUGGGAAACUGCAGGGCAGACUAUGGUAAAUUAAAUAUUAGUCGUAGUAAUUUGAAAAAUAAAAAAAUCAAGGGCAUUUUUCCAUAGUUAUAAUUCCACCUGAGUUCUAGGAUAGUUAUUUAAAAGGAUCAAGUGAUUUAUUAUAACCAGCUGUCCUGGCAAAGGGAGAUCUCCAAUGUGCCGCUUUUCGCAGCCAGAUACUCAGGCGGGGGGGGGGGGGGGGGGGGUGUUGUGUUUGCUUGGGGGAGGGCGUAAAGAGCUUGGUACUAGUUCAACGGCCCGCUGAUGCCAUUUCCUAAUGUAAAUUUCAAUUAACCAGCUGGUUCUUUCUAACAAAUUGUAACAAAUAAUAGUUCGGUAGCAUAAAUAUAAUAUAGAAUAAGGAACCCACAUACAAUUUAAGUGUCAAUUUGCAAUAAUAUUCGUCUAUUUUUUCCAACCAGAACAAGUAAACGCCAUUAUAAGCACUAUUUGGAAAGGGAUGGAGGGGAAGCAUGAUAAAGAUAGUUCACAACCUGGUGCUUUAUAGCCAGUUUGUUACAUUUUUUAUUCUUCUUUCAAAUAUAGUAUUUUUCUUCUUCUUUCCGCUUCUACUUCUACCGGGGCAGUAUUAUAGUAAGUACAGUUGAUUAUCAGCGUCAAGGUGUGAGGCUUUAUGGAGAUUUUGUGGACUUUUUUUUAACACACUCGAUCCACCACCAACUUUUCCACUGGUCCUGAAACCGUAGCGCCUGCUAUUGCAGACCUGUUUACUCUUACGAUUUUGGCUUAUAAUGUAUUAUUUUGAGGUGUUCUUUAUGAUUGUACCGACAAGACUAACACGAUUUUAAGAACACAGGUCGAAAAUGUAUACCUGUACAUUCAUGUAGUUUUUCAGAUUAAAAAACCUUAUCUAAAAAGUACAUUUUCAUUGUUAGUUUUAACCUGCUCUCGACAUAGUCGCCUUAGUGAAAAUUUUAGUAAUAUCUAGGUUUUGUUUUCAUGUUGCUGUAUGACAUAAUUUUGUGACACAAUUAUUUCAUUCAGCGAACAGCGGGAAGUACGAUUUUUAACACUCAUCUUCCUUUCACCCAUUUACAGUUUGUGGUAGUUAUCAGACUAUAAUAUAUUAGUGGGGAUAGACGUAAGGGAUAUUGAUUCUUCUUUUUGUGUUAAAACCUGCUUUUCCUUAAAAAUAAAUCUCAAGUUACUUUUUUUAAAUGAUAAUGUCAUCAUGCGUUAAUUAAUUCUUAUUUAAAUACAUUUUGUUUUAUGCUGAUCUGACUUUGAGUUUCAACAACAUUAAUUUUCACCCGUAACUUUAUAUUUACCAGUAACAGACUGUGAAAAUGUUAUCAGUACGUUCACCUAAAAAUUAAUUGAUAUAUAUAGCAAAUACAUGCCUGCAAAAGAGAGUGACUGCAGAUAGCAAUAUAAACGUCAGUUAUGUACUUGUAACUUUUUUUUACACCAGUUUAACUCGAUUCCACUAGGCACUGAAUGCGAAUAGUUAUUGUAUUCGUUAUAUGUACUGUAUGUUAUUUGUUAUUAAAUACUGUUUAUGUGAUUUCGAGAUGAUAUUGUACGAUUUUAGGAGUUUGAGGGUAAACAGGUCUGCUUUUGUAGAUUUGCAAUGCAGGUUGGUUGACUUGCAAUUGCAAUGCAGGUUGGUUUACGGGCCUUGUGACCAGGUAGCCAAACCAAUUAAUUUGCUGUUAUGCUAUAUACUGCCUCAUUGGGAUAGCACAAACCACUUGUUUUAUUUCCUGGUUCUGAAUGUGGUCCUUUUUCAUUUAUCAUCUGCUUGCCUUAAACAUCACAUCCCACAAAUUAAAGUAUACAUUUUUAAAAUUUCUACUUGUUUUCUUUUGCUAAUUUUUUUUACAGUGCUUACCUCACCCUGCUUUCAGAACAUGAUAUAUCAUCUAAAGCUCAAGGAGGGACAGAACAGCAUGUUUCAAUUUCUGAAAAGAGUUCAUCCACAUCCCUAGCAGAGAAAUUACUUUCAUCUACCACAGGUCUUAUAGCCCAGAUCCCAAACAUUUUAUCUAAUGAUAGAAGUCAAGACAUUCCUCAUCCUACAGAAGGUAUCAGCUGUUUACAUGAAGAUACCAGUACUCAAAAGUGUUGUUCUGUACAGAACACAAACUCUUCCUCUGUGGAUGAAAUGAAAUUAGGAUGCUCAGCUUUGGACCCUGUUCACACAACAAAUAAAGACACUAAAGAAAAUCUGUCAUGUCAAGAUGUUUGUCUUAGUAAAGCUAAUUUCUGGAGUCAGUUGGAAAACUUUAGACUUCAAGCAACAGCUGCUGGUGUCCUUCUGAAUGAAUGAUGCGUAUUUAAUGUUACCUUGUAACGCUAACAUUCAUUAAAAGAGUGUCAGUUUGACAAU